AUGGCGGCGCAGAAUACAACUGUCUCCACCAAUAUAACGUGGAGUGACGGCUGCGACAACUUCGUGAACGCUUUCACCGUCGAUGUGAUUUCGGUCAUUAUUGGCACCUUUGGAAUACUUGGAAAUAUAGCUUUUCUUUUCGUGACGGCUCGUAUUAAGUCUCUGCAAAACGCGACUAACUAUCUACUCGUGUCGCUAUGCGUCUCCGAUCUAAUUUAUCUGACGGCCCACACAACACUAAGACCAAAUUGGUUACCAAACACCGAGCCAUCGUGGAAGAGAGUAAUCUGCGUUAAAGGUACCUUCACUACUUCCGUGUACACAACAUCUAUAUUAACGCUGGUGACCAUAAGUAUCGAGAGGUACAUUGGAAUAUGCAAGCCAAUGUUUUACAAAACUCGUGGCCUAGGCAACGCCAACCGAAUCGUACCUUUGAUUGUAUCGUUAUGGGUCAUCGGUUUUGCACAUGGAUUCUCUUACAAUUUGUACUGUUACUUCCCCACACAUUCGUACAACGAAACUGCCACCAAUUGGUCCUCGGCCAUUGUCAUGGGCAUUAUCUACUGCUCAUCUAUCAUUAUUGUCGUAGUCUUCUACUCGCUAAUCGUCCGUCAACUGAACUUAUCUACUGAACGCCACGAUCAUUCUAAGAAAAUCAUCAAAGAUAGAGCACAGGUUGUACGACUCUGUAUCGUGACUGCUGCCGUUUUCUUCAUAUGUCUAUUUCCGCGAACCAUAUUCCUGAUGGCCUACUUCCACUAUCUUUUCACCAAUGACGCCGACUUCUAUGAUGCAAUGAUAUGCUGGAACGAUCUGUUCAACCUCGUCUUGAUGAUUAACUCAGCUGUCAACCCAAUGAUCUAUAAUUUGACGUGCGAGCUGUAUAGAAGGGCUUUUUUACAGGCGUUUGGUUGCCGUAAGAUGCCACCUAAACGACGACCAAGCUGGAUGGCCACGUCUAGUCGACGAUAUUCUGACAUGUCUCGUACGUAUGUGACGCCAAACGGCGACAAAACAAAUGCACUGAAGCUGAAGAAGGAGAUAACACUGGAAGUCAAUCUCGAUGAUAUCGGUCGUUUAUCUGAUAACUCCGUCUGA